AUGUCGCUCUCUCUUUGCAUGAUCGAAGGUUCCACCGGCACGCAGGACCCUCUCUUUCAACGCCUGAAUGAGUAUCUGCUGUCCGACGGAUCAGUUUCCGCAGCCACCACGGCGCAACGCAUCAACGACGAGAGAUCGUCCCUGGCAAUAACCGACCCCGGCGCAUUCUGCCAAGACACGUGGUUUGUUUUCCAGCAGUUGAUCGAACAGAUUCCUCAGGAUCAUCCGUAUCAAGAUCGAUUGGUCGACGUGAUCGAGGCGUUGACGAAGUUGCCUUCUACGGAGGUUAAGAUCUGGGGGGAGACUUCCCCCCCGGAAUACAACGAAAAGAAAGCCGAUUCUUGGCCCGAAAAGGCACGGAAAUGGGUGAGCCUGAACGCCUUCGCCGCUCGACUGUUGAACCUCGAGUCUGUAACUUGGGACAAUUUCGGACUCUGGACGAUGCGCGAUAUUUUGGAGAACGAGAUUUCAGGACCAGAGCUCGAGAACGGUAUUGAGACAGUGGCGGUCUGGAUCAAGUACGCCGGAAAGCUCAUCUAUGAGACGUCCAAGGCGAGCGAACAACCAGAGGUAAGAAUGUUUCAGCCGGGACCGUUGUAUUCCGGCCCGAGCAAGUACUGCCCCGAAAGAUGGGUAUUCUGGAAGGACCGGCUCGGGAUUAUUGGAGUGCAGGGAGGCGAGACAGCGAGUAGGGCCCAGGAGACGAAGAGAAUCAUGGAGGAGUUUGAGGGUUGA